AUGGGGUCAAAGCGAAGUGUACCAUCAAGGCGCCAUUCUCUCACCACCUAUGAAGUCAUGUUUGCAGUUCUCUUUGUCAUAUUGGUGGCACUCUGUGCUGGAUUAAUUGCAGUGUCCUGGCUGUCAAUCCAAGAAUCAGAAAAAGAUGCAGCAUUUGGAAAAAGUCAUGAAGCCAGAGGGACAUUGAAAAUAAUAUCUGGAGCUACUUAUAAUUCUCAUUUGCAAGACAAACUCUCAGUGGACUUCAAAGUUCUUGCUUUUGACAUUCAACAAAUGAUAGAUGAUAUCUUUCAAUCAAGUAAUCUGAAAAAUGAAUAUAAAAACUCAAGAGUUUUACGAUUUGAAAAUGGCAGCAUUAUAGUCAUAUUUGACCUUCUCUUUGUCCAGUGGGUAUCAGAUAAAAAUGUAAAAGAAGAACUGAUUCAAGGCAUUGAAGCAAAUAAAUCCAGCCAACUGGUCACUUUUCACAUUGACUUGAACAGCAUUGAUAUCACAGCCCCUUUGGAGAAUUUCUCUACGAUAAGUCCUGCAACAACGUCAGAAAAGCUAACAACCAGCAUUCCUCUGGCAACCCCAGGAAAUGUCUCAAUAGAGUGCCCACCUGAUUCAAGGCUGUGUGGUGAUGCUCUAAAGUGCAUAGCAAUUGAUUUAUUUUGUGAUGGAGAAUUAAACUGUCCAGAUGGCUCUGAUGAAGACAAUAAAACUUGUGCCACAGCUUGUGAUGGAAGAUUUUUGUUGACUGGAACUUCUGGAUCCUUUGAGGCUCUACAUUAUCCCAAGCCUUCUAAUAAUACAAACGCUGUUUGUCGGUGGAUUAUACGUGUAAACCAAGGACUUUCCAUUCAACUGAACUUUGAUUAUUUUAAUACAUAUUAUGCAGAUGUAUUAAAUAUUUAUGAAGGAAUGGGUUCAAGCAAGAUUUUAAGAGCUUCUCUCUGGUCAAAUAAUCCUGGCAUAAUUCGGAUUUUUUCCAAUCAAGUUACUGCCACUUUUCUUAUACAAUCUGACGAAAGUGAUUAUAUUGGUUUCAAAGUAACAUACACUACAUUUAACAGCAAAGAGCUUAAUAAUUAUGAGAAAAUCAACUGUAAUUUUGAAGAUGGCUUCUGUUUCUGGAUCCAGGAUCUAAAUGAUGACAACGAGUGGGAAAGGACUCAGGGAAGCACCUUUCCUCCGUCUACUGGACCAACUUUUGAUCACACUUUUGGCAAUGAGUCAGGAUUUUACAUUUCCACCCCAACUGGACCAGGAGGAAGACGAGAAAGAGUAGGACUUCUAUCUCUCCCUUUAGAUCCCACUCGCGAACAAGCCUGCCUUAGUUUCUGGUAUUAUAUGUAUGGUGAAAAUGUUUACAAACUAAGCGUUAAUAUCAGCAGUGACCAAAACACAGAGAAGACAAUUUUCCAAAAAGAAGGAAAUUAUGGACAAAAUUGGAACUAUGGACAAGUAACAUUAAAUGAAACAGUGGAAUUUAAGGUUGCUUUCUAUGGGUUUAAAAACCAGUUCCUGAGUGAUAUAGCAUUGGAUGACAUUAGCCUAACAUAUGGGAUUUGCAAUGUGAGUGUCUAUCCAGAACCAACGUUAGUUCCAACUCUUCCGCCAGAACUUCCCACGGACUGUGGAGGGCCUCAUGAACUGUGGGAGCCAAAUACAACAUUCACGUCUAUAAACUUCCCAAACAACUACGCUAAUCAGGCUUUCUGUGUUUGGAAUUUAAAUGCACAAAAGGGAAAAAAUAUUCAGCUUCACUUUCAAGAAUUUGACCUGGAAAAUAUUGCAGAUGUAGUUGAAAUCAGAGAUGGUGCAGGAGAUGAUUCCUUGUUCUUAGCUGUGUACACAGGCCCUGGUCCAGUAAAGGAUGUGUUCUCAACCACGAACCGAAUGACUGUGCUUUUUAUCACUGAUGAUAUGUUGGUAAAACGGGGAUUUAAAGCAAAUUUCACUACUGGCUAUGGCUUGGGGAUUCCAGAACCCUGCAAGGAAGACAAUUUUCAGUGUAAGAAUGGGGAAUGUAUUCCACUGGUGAAUCUCUGUGAUGGUUUUCCACACUGUAAGGAUGGCUCAGAUGAAGCACCCUGUGUGCGUCUCUUCAAUGGCACGACAGACCGCAGUGGUUUGGUGCAGUUCAGGAUCCAAAGCAUAUGGCAUGUAGCCUGUGCUGAGAACUGGACAACCCAGAUCUCAGAUGAUGUGUGUCAGCUGCUGGGACUAGGGACUGGAAACUCAUCCAUGCCAACAUUUUCUACUGGAGGUGGACCAUUUGUAAAAUUAAACACAGCACCUAAUGGCAGCUUAAUACUAACGCCAAGCCAACAGUGCUUAGAGGAUUCACUGAUUCUGCUACAAUGUAACUAUAAAUCAUGUGGGAAAAAACUGGUGACUGGAGAAGUUAGCCCGAAGAUUGUUGGAGGAAAUGACUCCAGAGAAGGAGCCUGGCCUUGGGUCGUUGCUCUGUAUUUCAAUGAUCAACAAGUCUGUGGAGCUUCUCUGGUGAGCAGGGACUGGCUGGUGUCAGCCGCCCACUGCGUGUAUGGGAGAAAUUUAGAGCCGUCAAAGUGGACAGCAGUGCUAGGCCUGUAUAUGGCAUCAAAUCUGACUUCUCCUCAGAUAGAAACUAGGUUGAUUGACCAAAUUGUCAUCAACCCACACUACAAUAAACGGAGAAAGGACAAUGACAUCGCCAUGAUGCAUCUUGAAUUGAAAGUGAAUUACACAGAUUAUAUACAGCCUAUUUGUUUACCAGAAGAAAAUCAAGUUUUUUCCCCAGGAAGAAUUUGUUCUAUUGCUGGCUGGGGGACACUUGCAUAUCAAGGUUCUACUGCAGACGUACUGCAAGAAGCUGACGUUCCCCUUCUAUCAAAUGAGAAAUGUCAGCAACAGAUGCCAGAAUAUAACAUUACGGAAAAUAUGGUGUGUGCAGGCUACGAAGCAGGAGGGGUAGAUUCUUGUCAGGGGGAUUCAGGCGGACCACUCAUGUGCCAAGAAAACAACAGAUGGCUCCUGGCUGGCGUGACGUCAUUUGGAUACCAGUGUGCACUGCCUAAUCGCCCAGGAGUGUACGCCCGGGUCCCAAGGUUCACAGAGUGGAUACAAAGUUUUCUACAUUAA